AUGGACCAGACUCAGCAUUUAAGCAAAACAGCAGAAGUCCAACCUUCAAGACCAAGGAAAACAAGGCGCUGUGAUGGAUUCAAGAUGUUUUUGGCAGCCCUCUCACUCAGCUAUAUAUGCAAGGCACUAGGUGGAAUCAUUAUGAAAAGUUCUAUCACGCAAAUAGAAAGGAGAUUUGACAUACCAUCUUCAACUGCUGGUUUGAUUGAUGGAGGAUUUGAAAUUGGGAAUUUGAUGGUUAUUGUAUUUGUGAGUUACUUUGGAUCCAGACUGCACAGACCAAAGUUGAUUGGAAUUGGUUGUUUAAUCAUGGGCCUUGGGAGUAUUAUGACUGCAAUGCCACAUUUCUUCAUGGGAUAUUACAGGUACUCAGAAAAUGACAUCAGCUCUUUAAGCAACUCCACAUUGAUGUGUUUAGUUAAUCAAACUACAUCAGUCACUGGAACAUCACCUGAGAUAGUGGGGAAAGGUUGUGAAAAGGGAUCCAAGUCACGCAUGUGGAUUUAUGUGUUAAUGGGGAACAUGCUUCGUGGCAUAGGAGAAACACCAAUAGUGCCCCUAGGAAUUUCCUAUAUUGAUGACUUUGCAAAAGAAGGACACUCUUCUUUGUACUUGGGUAUUCUGAAUACAGUAGCAAUGAUUGGUCCAAUCAUUGGCUUUAUCAUGUCAUCUGUGUUUGCCCGGUUAUAUGUAGACAUUGGAUACGUAGACCUGAGCAGCAUCCGAAUAACUCCUGGUGAUGCACGUUGGGUUGGUGCCUGGUGGCUCAGUUUUCUUGUGUCUGGAUCAUUAUCCGUUAUUGCUUCCAUACCCUUCUUUUUUCUACCCAAAAUUCCAAAGACAUCGCAGAAGCAAAGGAAAAACUCAUCAUCUCCAAAUGUACUCCAAACAGAUAAAGAAAAGAAUCACAUGACUAAUUUGAUCAAACAAGAGAAAAAAGCUCCUGCCAACAUUACUGGUUUUCUAAAGUCUCUGAAAAGUAUCCUUACCAACCACCUGUAUGUUAUAUUCUUGGUACUGACAUUACUACAGUUCAGCAGUUUCAUUGGCUCCUUUACUUACCUCUUCAAGUUUGUAGAACAACAGUUCUCCCGGUCAGCAUCAGAUGCGAACUUUGUAUUAGGAGUUAUAACCCUACCUGCUAUGUCAUCUGGGAUGUUUUUAGGAGGAUAUAUCAUUAAAAGAUUCAAAUUGACUGUGAUUGGAAUUGCCAAGUUUGCAUUUUUCACCACUUCAGUGUCUUAUGUGCUUCAGCUGUUAAAUUUUCCUUUAAUCUGUGAAAACAAAUCAUUUGCUGGUCUAACCUUGACUUAUGAUGGAAUGAACUCAGUGGACUCUCACAUAGAUGUACCACUUUCGUAUUGCAAUUCAGACUGCAGUUGUGAUAUAAACCAAUGGGAACCCAUCUGUGGGAAGAAUGGAGUGACCUACAUUUCCCCUUGUCUGGCAGGAUGCAAAUCUUCUAGUGGUAAUAAGAACUCUAAUAGUACGGUAUUCUAUGACUGCAGUUGUAUCAGAGAUUCUGAUCUCCAGAACAGCAAUUUCUCAGCCCGUUUGGGUGAAUGUCCAAGAAACAAGUGCAAAAACAACUAUUACUUUUAUAUAGCUUUGCAAGUCUUGAAUUCUUUCUUUCUUGCAUUGGGAAGCAUCUGUUUUAUGAUGAUUCUGAUGAAGACUGUCCAACCUGAAUUGAAAUCACUUGCAAUGGGUUUCCAUGCGCUGGUUGUUCGUACACUAGGAGGAAUUCUAGCUCCAAUCUAUUAUGGGGCAUUAAUCGACAAAACGUGUAUGAAGUGGUCUGUCACCAGUUGUGGAGCACGAGGGGCUUGUAGGGUAUAUAACUCUACAUUGUUUGGAACCAUCUAUUUGGGUUUGAAUGUUUUGAUAAAGACUCCACCACUUAUUUUAUAUGUUAUAUUAAUUUAUGCCAUGAAGAAAAAAUAUGAAAGGAAAGACAACAAGACACUGGGAAAUGAUGGGAAAGUGAUAGAUGAAACAAAUCCAGAAUCUUUAAAUAAAAAUGGAUACCAUUCUGUGCCUGCUGGUGGAACAUGCAAUGAGACACCUCUUUAA